AUGCCUAGACCAGGAAAAAAUUCUUAUGAUGAACAAAAACCACCAUAUUCAUAUAUUUGGUUAACAUAUAUGGCUAUUCAAAAUUCAAAAGAAAAAAUGUUACCAUUAACAGAUAUUUAUAAAUUUAUAAUGGAUCGUUUUCCUUUUUAUCGAAGUAAUACACAACGUUGGCAAAAUUCAUUACGACAUAAUUUGUCAUUUAAUGAUUGUUUUAUAAAAAUUCCUCGAAGACCUGAUAGACCUGGUAAAGGAUCAUAUUGGGCCAUUCAUCCAAAUGCAUUACAUAUGUUUGAAAACGGAAGUUGUCUUCGUCGUCAAAAACGUUUUAAAUGUGAUAAUAUUGAUUGUAUGAAAACAGAAAAUGUAAAACCUGCUAUAUCAAAAAAAGAAUCACUGGUAUAUCUUAAUGAAAUAAAUGAUAUGGCAACAAAAAAUUUAUUUAACAAUAAUAAAUCAAAAAAUAAAUGGCUAUUUUCAUCCACAUCAACACAACCAACAACAUCAUUUUCAAAUAUUCAAUUUUCAUCUAAAAAUUCAAAUUUAAAUACUUUUUUACCUUUAGAAUCUAUGUCUCAAAGUAUCUUAUUCCCAGUUUUUAGUAAUCUUUUAACAUCAGGAUAUUAUUUAGAUCCAUCUUUACUUUUUUUAACACAAUCAUCAUUACAACAAUCUCUUAAUCUAUCAACAAAUAAUAAUUUUGAUAAUAAUAUUUUACUAACACCUACUGAAACUUCAUCACCAAUACUAUCAUCUAUUAGUUCUAAAUCAAAUUUUACAAUAGAUUCAAUAUUAAAAAAUACUACAUCUUCUACUAUUGAGGUUGUAGCUAAAAAUUAA